CAGACCAAUUCGAAUCAUUGUCAAGUGCAACAGCACCAGGAACAAACCGCCGCAGUCGCCAUCGAAGCGUUAGCCAAGUGUUCCAUACAGUAUACAUUGCCGUGAACAGCAGCCAAAAGAGCCAACAAAAUGCUGGCCAGCGAGAACUUCCCUGCACACCACUUCAAGGAAUCUAUAUUUAAGCCCUACAGUACGGGUGGCGAUGAUUUGGCAGCAGCCACCGCGGCGGUGGCGACCACGUCGUCAUCGCCUGAUACCGUCUCAGUCGACUUCGAGACCGCCCGCAAAAUGCUGACCGCCAACGGAUGCAGCAGUAACAAUAAUAAUAAUAAUAAUAACGCCACGGACACGCAGCCACAGGAUGGCCUGUCCGGCUUUGUGGCCAGCCAUCCGGCCGCCCAGUUCGAGGGCUUCAUCCGGGCCUGCGUGGACGAGAUCAUCAAGCUGGCCGUCUUCCAGGGCACCAAUCGCUCAUCUAAGGUUGUCGAGUGGCACGAGCCCGCGGAGCUGCGCCAGCUCUUCGACUUCCAGCUGCGGGAGAAGGGGGAGUCGCAGGAAAAGCUGCGUGAGCUGCUGCGGGAGACGGUUCGGUUCUCGGUGAAGACUGGCCAUCCGUACUUUAUCAACCAGCUGUACUCCGGAGUGGAUCCCUACGCCCUGGUGGGUCAGUGGCUCACCGAUGCCCUCAAUCCCAGCGUGUACACGUACGAGGUGGCUCCGCUGUUUACGCUGAUGGAGGAGCAGGUGCUGGCCGAGAUGCGGCGCAUCGUGGGCUUCCCCAACGGCGGCCAGGGCGAUGGUAUCUUCUGUCCUGGUGGUUCAAUAGCCAACGGUUAUGCAAUCAGCUGUGCUCGCUACAGAUAUGCGCCCGAGUCCAAGAAAAACGGCCUCUUCAAUGCCAAACCUUUGAUUAUAUUCACCUCGGAAGAUGCCCACUACUCGGUGGAGAAGCUGGCCAUGUUCAUGGGCUUCGGCAGCGAGCAUGUGCGUAAGAUAGCCACCAACGAAGUGGGCAAGAUGCGACUGAGUGAUCUGGAGGAUCAGGUGAAGCUGUGCUUGGACAACAACUGGCAGCCUUUGAUGGUGUCGGCUACAGCCGGAACUACUGUGCUUGGCGCCUUCGAUGACCUGGCUGGAAUCUCUGAGCUUUGCAAGAAGUACAAUAUGUGGAUGCACGUGGACGCGGCUUGGGGUGGCGGUGCCCUCAUGUCCAAGAAGUAUCGCCAUCUCCUCAAUGGCAUCGAACGAGCCGAUUCGGUUACAUGGAACCCUCACAAGCUACUCGCGGCAUCCCAGCAGUGCUCAACCUUUCUUACGCGCCACCAGCAGGUGUUGGCUCAGUGCCACUCGACCAAUGCCACGUACCUGUUCCAGAAGGACAAGUUCUACGAUACCUCCUACGACACGGGUGACAAGCACAUACAGUGCGGUCGCCGGGCGGAUGUCUUCAAGUUCUGGUUCAUGUGGAAGGCAAAGGGCAGCCAGGGCCUGGAGGCGCACGUCGAGAAGGUCUUCCGCAUGGCCGAAUUCUUUACCGCCAAGGUGAGAGAACGUCCAGGGUUCGAGCUGGUCCUUGAGAGCCCGGAGUGCACCAACAUCAGCUUUUGGUAUGUGCCGCCCAGCCUGCGACAGAUGGAGCGCAACCGGGAUUUCUACGACAGGUUGCACAAGGUGGCGCCCAAGGUCAAGGAGGCCAUGAUCAAGAACGGCUCCAUGAUGAUCACCUACCAACCUCUGCGGCAGCUGCCCAAUUUCUUCCGGCUGGUGCUGCAGAAUUCGUGUCUGGAGGAGUCCGAUAUGGUCUACUUCCUUAACGAGAUCGAGUCGCUCGGCCAGAAUUUGUAGUUUUCGAGUGGAAAAGCGAAAGCGAAAACUUGUAAAAUGGUUAAGUGUUGAAAACAUUCUUCUUAGGCUUAUGCCGUACAUACAUAUAAUAUUGUAGGGUAUCGUUAAUACACCCGGGUUGUAUAUAUAAUACUGGAUGUUAAGUAUUACCUCCAAACCAAGAACAAAAUACAUAUUUAUAGGUCUUUUGAUUUAAA